GUGUUGUAAAGCUAAAUAAAGAUUCCUAGAAAUGUCUCAGGAUUUAGGUUGAAAAUACACGCCGUGAUGGUUGUGUUUUGUUGAUAGUUUGACGAUUCUAAGCAACAAACUCCCUUGAUACCAGUGGUUAAGGACGUCCCAGGAGAUGCCAGGCGAAGCAGCGGGACGUGGGAGGGAAUGUGGCCGAGGGAGGCGCACUGAAAGCGGGAGGAGCAGCACGCAGCCCCGGGGGACAGAGCAGAGAUCCAAGAGCUCAGGAGAAGUGACGAGACUGAAGGAGGUUUUAUUGUCCCGAUGCGGCUCAGACAAGCAGAAUGGAGAGAUGAAAAGGGACAGUAACACAGAAGAAAGGAAAACAAAAGAGAAGAGAGGGGGUUUAAAAGGAGAAGCAGAGGAGGAUGUCUUCAGAGAGCUGAGGUGGAGAAUGAACCGUCUGGAAAAUGAGAAACUACAGUUGACAUCUGCACACAACCAGCAGGUGUGCUCUCUGGAAGCGGAGCUGGCCCGGUUGCGUGCGGCAGUGGAGCGCGGUGAAGCCGAGAGGGCGGAGCUUCAGUUUCAGAUCACAGUUUGUCUCCGAGAAAAAGAGAAAGAGGCUCAGACCAACAGAGACCUACAGAGAGAGAGGGACACACUCACAGAUCGUCAGGCUGAGUUGGAGCAGAGCCUGUCAGACCUGCGCGUGGCUCUGGACCGGACUCUGCGCGGUCGGGAGCAGGACCAGAGGAGUCUGCAGCAGGACGUGGAGGAACGAGACGGGCUCAUACAGAGACUGAGUCAAGACAACAGUCAACUCCACACACUGCUCACGGAUCAGAAGCAGGUGUUGGAGCAAAGCGAGCAGAGGAUGAAGGAGCUGCAGAAGGAGAUGGAGAAGGAGCAGGAGGUGAAGCGUCGUCAUGCCGAGAAAGUGCGUUACCUCAGCGACCGAGAGAAACGUCUCCGGGCCGACAAGGAGUUUGCGGAGCAGAGGAUUAAGACUUUGGAGACAAACAUCGAGGCUGAAAGAGCUGCUCACCUGGAAUCCAAGUUCAACUCUGAGAUUGUCCAGUUGCGUUUGAGGGACCUGGAGGCGGUUUUAGCAGUGGAGCAGUCCAACCUGCAGGAGGCGACGUGCAGCGUGGAACAACUGAAAGAACACAUCCAUGAGGCAGAGAAAAAGAGGGAGCAGGAGCAGCAGAGGAGCAGCCAGACGCUCGCUCAACUGCACAGGAUGCAGCUUGAGUUUGAACAGUGCAAAUCUGACCUGAUAACUGCUUUGGAGACUGAAAAACGGUCGGCCUCUGAGCUCAACGUUGCCCUGGAAGCAGAGAAACAUAUGACAUCGUGCCUUAAGGAGCAACUUGAAGACGAAAGGAGACUGCAAGAAAGCACAGCAUCACAGCUACAGAAGUUGACAGAGAAUGCAAACAGCUUUAAAACGUUUGUACAAGAUGUAAAAGAAACACUACAGCAACAUUUAGAAGAGGAUUCUGGAAACUGGAAUCCUGAUGAGAUGGUGGAGAAGCUGAAAAUAAUGCUACACUCCCAGAAACUGAGACAAGAGGAGGCCAAGAAACAGAUCGAGGAUUUGCUGUUCGCCUCUGAGCAGCUCCUGGACGAUAAUCAGGCGCUGAAAAACCUGAGCUCACAACAGAAGACUCAAAUACAGGAGUCUGAGCAGUUGUUAGAGGAGCUGAAGCAGGAAGUGUCCCGCCUGCAGACGGAAGGCUGUGAUUGGGCGAACGUGAGCCGACAGCUUCAGGCCGAGCUUCAGCGAGAACGAGACGAGAGGAAACGAGAGCGAGACAAAAUGGAGGAACAACUGCAUGGCGUGAAACUGCACCAACACGAACAGGAAGAGGCUCGUGUGUCUUCACUGCACUCACUCCUUCAGCGUCUACAGCCUCAAAGCAUCAUGGAAACUCUCUCCUGGGAUGAACUGUGGAUACGAGUCAACGAUCGAGUGGAGGAGAUCAACGCAGACUUCCACCAGGCCAAGCACCAGGUGUCCUCUCUGCAGAGCGUCCUCUCUCGUCUGGAGGACAAAGUGAGGAGACGAGAGGCUGAUCUGAGCCGCAAACACCAAAACACAGUGACAGAGCUACAGCACCAUCUGCAGUCGAGCCGUUCCGAUUGCCGUUCAUUGCAGGAUCAUGUGACCUCGCUGACCUCUGACCUCUCGUCUCUGUGUGACCAAUCAGGAAGGUUCCAGUGGGCGUGUCUUCUACUGGGAGGGGCCCUCAGUUACACACAGACUCGUCUACAGCGUCUCUCAGAGCAGAAAGCGUAUCUCUGUCGCCGUUUGGCCGAACAUGAUGCGCUGGAACAGGAAGUGAGGUCACUGGUGGAAGCUCUGGAGGCCAACGAGGACGACACACAGCAGCAGAAGAAGAAGAGAGCGCGGAGAAGGUGGAGGCGGGUCUUAAACGUGGUGAUGGCCCUGAGGAAGUGGUGCAUGCUGGGAAAAACAAGCUGUGUGCUGUUCAGAGUGCAAGUGGGAGAAACUAGUGCUGUGGGUAUGUCACUGUGUGGAGAGACUACAGCAAGAAAAGAAGGACAAAAUGAAGGAACAGAAAGUCGAGAGAUGUGUCUUACUCAGUGGCUCCGCUCCAAAGGCCUGUCCACUGUGGUGCUGUCCUCCAUGGCUGACCUCCAGAGGGCGCUCUCCGGCUCCUCCCCCCAGAAUGUGCUGUCAGCGGUUCAGUCCGGUUUGUCCCGCCUCCUGGACCACCUCCUCGACCAAUCAGAUGCAGCGACUGUUACGAGUAAACACAACUGUCCAAUGAGGCAGCCGACAAUGCAACCUCACAUGAAAGAGCUAGUAUCCAGUCUGCAGCAGCACUUCCUGGAUUUCAGCCAGCGACUGCAUUCGACCGAAGUGGAGAGGCGGAAUUUACGACUAGAGCUGAACAAUCUGAGACGAGCGGCGAAGAAGAGGGAGCAAGAAGCCAACAAAAUGGUCUCAUCAGAGCAGUUUGAUGCAGUCUGCUCUGAGCUCCAGGGGGCGCUGUGUCGGGAGCAGGAGACACAGGCGCUGAUGAAGGAGCUGAACUCACAACUUAACACACUCAGAAACAACAUGGAGUCUCUCAACACUCAGAAGACUAAAGCACAGGAAGCACAUGACCACACAGCACAGCUCCUCUCACACGCCCGUCGUGAGGUGUCCCGUAAAGAGCGCUCACUGAGGAUUCUGGGUAAACACUUGUCUGUAGUCCAAAAGGAGAAACGGCAACUGGAGGAGAGGCUUCGUGACACGCAGGACCAACUACAAAACAACACCAAGCGUAAGGAGCAGCUGAUUGAGAUGAUGAGGUCAGCAGAGAGGAGCUGUACACAGUUCAGGGAAAGUCUCGUCCAAUCACAUCGGCCUCUGUGCUCUAAACCCCACCCCCUGACAUUUUCUGAGAUACCCACCGGAACAGAGAGCAUCAUGGGAGAUCCAGGUGUAGCGGCCUGUCAGAGUUUGCUGACCAGCGUGGCCCUCCUGUCUCAGACCUUCUCCUCCAGAGCUGAUUGGCUGGAGCAGGAAAUCUCCGCCCACCAGAGUCAUGUGACCGCCCUGCGCAGCGAGCUACAGGAUGCCUGCCUCCGCCACAACCUGGUCUUCACCCCGCUGGAAAUUGAAUCAGCUCAGCUUGGUCCUGGCGAUGAUUUGUUGAAGAAUGUAGCGAUUAUCUGAAGACCCUUCCUCUUCUGACCAAACCCUCCAUAAAACCAACGAAACUACUUUUAUUUGUAUUAUUUAAAGGUAGUCUUUGCAGUCACACACUGUAAAAAAAAAAAGAAAAGCUGUCAAAAUAAAACUUAUAAUGAUGA